AUGAUAACAUCCUAUUUAACCACCACAUUAGUGUGGUGCGGCCCGAUCAUUUCCCCCAGCGGGCCUUAUGUGGUGGUGCCCAAGAGGGGGAAGCUGGAGCUGCGUUGCCACGACAACAGCACGGCGUCUGGCGCCCCGUUCAAGUUGAGGUGGCAGAGGGAGAAGCCCCGGAGGCUGGAGGGGGAGGCGGAGGAGGGCGGGGUGGCCUCCGUCCGGCUGCCGGCCGCGCAGGUCUACCACAUGGGCAGCUACACCUGCGUAAACAACAGCACGCAGGAGCACAGCUCCAUCUACGUCUACAACUGCAACAUCCCGUGCCUGGUGACCACUCCCGAGGUCACCGGCCUGGCCUUGGAGACCUGCGACGGGCAGCCUCUGCCCCCCGGCAUGAGCUACCGCAGCGACCUGCAGCGAGGCGUCAUCAUCAGCGACGCCCGGAAGGACUACGAGGGCUGCUACCUGUGCGCCGGGCAGCUCGGCGGUUCGAGAGUGACCUCGAGCAAGUACACCGUGGACGUCCGACUCGUGCCAGAGCUGCGCCCAGAGAUCACCCUGUCCCACAAAGACACUGUCAUCCUAAAGAGAGGCGAGCAGUUUGAGCUAACAUGCACCUCCACCAAUGUCAACCCGGACUUCAGUCUUAAGUGGGACUACCCGUCAGCGGCGCAUCUUAAGGAAUUCCAGACCUCCCACAUCCUGUCUGGUUCCCAUGGUUAUCAACGUUCCACCUCACUGUCUAUCACAGCCGUCAGCCAAUCAGACUCGGGCACUUUCAGCUGCCACGCCCGCAACGAAAGAGGCAACAGCUACGCGGCGCUAAAACUGGAUGUACGAGAUCAAGGGUUUAUAACCAUGUUAGGAGACCCCGGUCCCGUCCAGGCAGACGUCAAAGAAGGGGAGAGCCUGAGCCUGAGGGUAGAAUUCGAUGCCCAUCCAACACCGCUCUCCCUGACCUGGUCUUACAACGAAAAACGUCUUCUCAACACCACAGAGCAUGUUAUCACCGUCCACCGCCGUAAAUACAGGUACAUCAGUGAGCUGAGGCUAGUGAGGGUCCUCGGCUCAGAGGGGGGGAUCUAUAAAUUCUCUGCCAGCCAUGAAGAUGCAGCUGUUGAUAAUUUGUUUCACGUCUAUGUCAACAGCAAGCCAGUCAUCAUUGCUCAGGAGGGGCCGAUUGAUGGUCAGGUGCGGUGCAUUGCAGCGGGUUUUCCCGUCCCCAAAAUCAGCUGGUUCUUCUGUGAGCUCCCCCAUACGAGGUGCUCACAGCUGCCCAAUGCCACCCAGUGGGACGCCCCGGAGGUGGCCAUGCUGACCGAGUCAGCCUACGGUCGGAGUGAGGUGGAGAGCAGGCUGAACGUCAGCAAAGAGCAUGCUCAGUACCACACUCUGGAGUGUGUGGCCUCCACGGAGAGUCAGGAGGCCUACACGCUGUUCUCCAUCAGUGAGCGCAUCGUCCCCCAUAAACUCUUUACUCCUCUUCUCACUGGCAUGGUGGCGACUGGCAUCCUUCUAAGCCUCAUUCUUGUGGUGCUACUCUAUAAGUACAUGCAGGUUUCUCUUAUAAGGUCUCUCUACAAACAUCAACAGAAACCAAAGUUCCAAAUCCAGUGGAAGGUCAUUGAGAGCAUCCAUGGAAACAACUACAUAUACAUAGAUCCUCUCCAGCUGCCCUACGACGUCAAAUGGGAGUUUCCCCGCCAGAAGCUUCGCUUUGGUAAAACCCUGGGCUCGGGCGCGUUCGGAAAGGUGGUGAGAGCCACGGCGUACGGGCUGUGCUCGGUAGACACCGUCACCACCGUCGCAGUGAAGAUGCUAAAACCCAAUCCCCAUUCCACCGAGAAGGAGGCACUGAUGUCAGAGCUGAAGGUUCUCAGUUACCUCGGAAAUCAU